UGACGCGAUCGGACGUACAGCGGAAUUCUUCGUUUUUUCAUUUUCAGUGCUUUAUGCCCAAUUAGUUUAUGGCGGAUAUAAAGUGUGUGCUCUUAUGAUCAUGGAGCUAAAUAAUGUUACCGUCGAGGACGGCGUUGAUGCGUCCAAAUCUCACACUCAAGCAGCUAACACGCCUCCGAAUAAUGAAAAGGCCAAGCCGCAACUGCUCUACGCCAUUAAUGACAAUCCCCCAUGGUAUCUCAGCAUCUUCCUUGCAUUCCAGCAUUACCUGACCAUGAUCGGAGCCAUUGUCUCCAUACCCUUUAUCUUAACGCCGGCAUUGUGCAUGUCGGAUGAGGACGCGAACCGUGGCAUCAUCAUCUCUACCAUGAUCUUUGUCACUGGCAUCGUAACUUACUUCCAGGCCACAUGGGGCGUUCGUCUCCCCAUUGUUCAGGGUGGAACUAUAUCAUUCUUGGUUCCAACUUUAGCCAUUUUGGCUCUGCCGCAGUGGAAGUGCCCAGAUCAGUCCAUCAUGGAUGCCAUGGAAGAGUCGGAAAGGGAGGAAUUGUGGCAAGUGCGAAUGCGAGAGCUAUCCGGUGCGAUUGCAGUGUCAGCAAUGGUGCAAGUAGUACUGGGCUAUACUGGACUGGUAGGGAAAAUCCUGAAGUACGUAACUCCGCUGACCAUUGUACCCACUGUGUCGCUGGUAGGGCUCACGCUUUUCGAGCACGCAGCUGACACGGCCUCCAAGCAUUGGGGAAUUGCCGUAGAAACCACUGGCAUGCUAACGCUCUUCUCCCAAAUAAUGUCGAAUGUUUCCGUGCCAAUUUUGGCCUACCGCAAGGGUCAUGGUAUAGAGGUGCGCCAGUUCCAGUUGUUUCGGCUUUUUCCUGUUCUGCUGACUAUUAUGAUAAUGUGGGGUCUCUGUGGCAUACUGACAGCCACCGAUGUCUUUCCUCCAUCGCAUCCUUCUCGAACAGAUGUUCGAUUGAAUGUACUGACUAGCGCAAAGUGGUUCUAUGUACCGUAUCCAGGACAGUUUGGAUGGCCUUCGGUGACACUGUCUGGCGUACUGGGGAUGUUAGCCGGAGUAUUAGCCUGCACGGUGGAGUCACUCAGUUAUUAUCCCACGGUGUCACAGAUGUCCGGUGCCCAUUCGCCUCCGCUUCAUGCAAUCAAUAGAGGAAUCGGAACAGAAGGAUUGGGCACAGUCCUUGCGGGACUUUGGGGGGCUGGAAAUGGAACAAAUACCUUUGGAGAGAAUGUUGGUGCAAUCGGGGUCACCAAGAUCGGAUCACGUCGUGUAAUCCAGUGGGCAGCUUUGAUAAUGGUACUCCAAGGAGUAAUUGGCAAAUUUGGGGCCAUAUUUAUCCUUAUUCCCGACUCCGUGGUGGGCGGGAUCUUCUGCGUGAUGUUUGGAAUGAUAAUAGCCUUUGGCCUGUCUACGCUGCAAUAUGUGGAUCUGCGAUCCGCAAGGAAUCUGUAUAUACUGGGACUAUCCAUAUUUUUCCCGAUGGUAUUGUGUCGCUGGAUGCAGAAGAACCCUGGAGCUAUUGACACUGGAAACAAAACUGUAGACUCCACUUUGUCGGUGCUUCUGGGCACAACGAUUCUGGUGGGCGGAGUUUUGGGAUGCUUCCUAGACAAUGUGAUACCGGGAACACCGGCGGAGCGAGGUCUAAUCGACUGGGCAAAUGAGAUGCCCCUGGGCGAUGAUAAUAUCAAUGAUGGCACAGCCACCGACUAUGAUUUUCCAUUUGGCAUGGAUGCAAUUCGCCGAUGGAAGUGGACAUACUAUAUACCCUUUAUGCCAACUUACAAGCUUCAGAAGCAAAGUUAAUCACGGGGGUCAUUAAUCGGAUUACUCAAAUUACAGCCGUGUGAGAAGAUGCAAAUAAUAAUAACCAUUUAAUUGGUGGUUCAGUUUUUA